AUGCUCAACACUUCUCUCAGCUUCAGCUUGUUCGAAACUCCUGCUAAGAUUUUCGGCACAGCGAUCAAUGAGAUGAUUGUGUUUGCCGGUUCUCUCACCCUCGGUGGCAUAGAUGUCGGAAAGUACUACGGGCCCAUGAACCAUGUCCGUCUUCUUGAAGACCCAACGCACCAACAUUCCACAUCAUACUGUGUUUCUCUGGCCAAGCUUCAGAUUCUUGUUUCGGACUCAGAUUCCAUGGUGGCUCUUGCCAACGACGAUCGUCCGGCGUGUUUCAAUACCAGAAACAGACUGACGCGGUUUCCUGCCGAGGCCUUCGAUGUCAUCCUUGGUAUUUUUGACCCGUAUUCCCUGCCGAAAGCAGGACGUGAUGGAGAGGUUCUCUACAGCUUGCCGUGCAGCUUUGAUGGAGCCGAGUAUAUCCGGUUUGGCUUCGGUGGUGCGGGUGACUUUUCAGCUUUUGAUAUUGACGUCGCCAUUGAGGAUCUAAUCUUGGACCCUGUCACAGAUGCUGAAUCCCAAGGCGCAUGCCUUCUGGGGAUUUCUCGAGGAGAUGCAGGUACAGACUUCAUUCUCGGAGAGACGUUUCUUGCUGCCGUCACAGCAGCCGUGUUUGACGUCGAUACGAAGGCUAUUUACCUUGCGCCCUAUGCUGACUGCGGCACUGACCUGGUUGCUUGGGGACCGGACACCAUCGACGAGUGGGCUCAUGGUUCGUGUGAACAUCCUCUAGAUGAUCCAACAGACUGGCAGCCUGCUGAAUUUGGCUCCUUGACUGCCUCGCCAUCGGACGUUGCUAUUCCUACCAUUGCUCUGCCCAGCAUAGCCGUUUCUUCCGAAGAUUCUUGGAAUGCCUUGUCUGAUGCGAUUUACGACUUUUCGUCAACCAGCUCUGGCUUUUUGAAGACUUCUGUUUCACAUGAUAACUUGACCACCACAAUCACUGUCCGAAGAACCAGGAGCAUUACUGUCAGCGAAGCCCCCGAUUCAAGUACCGAGGAUCCCUAUCUGCGAGCGACAGCAUCAAGCCCAGAUUGCGAAUCCUUCUCCAUGAUCAUUGAUAGCAUAUCUCGUCCAGGUGAGACGCUACCUUCUGCCGUCGACUCUUGGUCCGUUGGUUCUCAGACGUCGUCUGCGACGUUCUUUCAUGCGGAGCCUUCACUCCUUGUUCCCCCCAUCCUGCAAGACUCCGAGGUGGCGUUUGAGACGAACGCGCCUGGAAUUAUUCGCACAGGACUAGUCAUUGCAACCGGCGGCAAAAGAGCGUUCCAGCAGCACGCCGCCCAAGAACUCGCAAAACCCAUGAACCCCGAGCCCAGACACAACCCGACCCACGACCAGCCGCCCAAAGACUUCAACGUCGGCCAAAAGACGUUUGCCGACUUUGACCUCAAAGAAAGGGUCUUCAUCGUCACGGGCGGAUCAAGCGGGCUCGGUCUGGAGCUGGCAGAGGCCGUCAGGGAAGCCGGAGGCAUAGGUCCGUGA